CACAGUAUCAAUCAGCUUCUGUGCUUUCCUCACAAGUGGCUGAAACAUUACCAUGGCUUGCAGGUCCGAGAGGUUGGGAAGCUGUCAGUGUAACAAAAACCCUGUGGAGAGCAUCCUUUUCCGAAUGCUGAACACAGAUAACACACUACAGGCACAUAAGAAUCAACAUGAUAACCUCAAUCACAUCUGUACCAUGGCUAGAGGAUGCCCAUGUGAGGGCAACAAAAAGGUCUUGCUGAAAAAUCCUGAAGUGAUUUGCAAGAAAGCAUCUGAGGUGUUAUUGAAGACUGUAGCGUUUAUUAGAAACUUACCUUCUUUUUACCAGCUACCCCAGGAAGACCAGAUCUUACUUGUACAUAAGUGUUGGGCUCCACUUUUUGUAUUGGGGUUUGCGCAGGAAAAAGUUGAUUUUCAACUGCAAGAACUUACUGUCCCAAGCCUGUUGAAGACAAUACUUCUUAAUCAGCCAUCUACAGCUGAAUUGACAAUGAAGUCUGAUGCAGGAGUACCACUAAUAGACGUUCAGAGAAUACAAAUGUUUCUCCGUAAAAUCUGGAGUCUAGAUAUAUGUACAAAAGAAUAUGCUUAUCUAAAAGGCAUGGCGUUGUUUAAUCCAGGGAUUGAUGGUAUGCGAUUCCCUCAAUAUGUUCAGACUCUGCAGCUGGAAGCCCAGCGUACUCUCAUGGAGUUCACAUCAAUGAUGCACAGUACAUCACAUUCUCGUUUGAUGUGGAUACUGGAAGCACUAGACAUUUUAAAAUUAGUUGACCCCAAAGUUAUUACAGAACUGUUUUUCAGGCCAAUCUCAGGAGAAAUCAAUUUGGAAGAACUCUUACUUGAAACCUUAUACAUUAAAUAUUAGAAAAUGAUAAGGGAAACAUGAAACCAGAGAUUCUUUGUUACUCAAUAUUAAACUUUGAAUUUCAUUGAAGACCUUCAGGAACACUGUCUUUAGUAAAGCACUUUGUAUUCUUAAAGGCUUUGUGAAAAUAAAUAAGCACUUCAUAGACUUAUAAUUCGAAAAAAUAAUAUGGAAAAUGUACAAAAGUUGGAUUUGUUUGAAGAAAAAAAAAAAAAGCGAAAAGUUUGCUGCUGUAAAUUAAUCCUGUUCUUACAAUAUUUUACCAAAUAUGAACACGAGCAUAUAUAAAAUCUAGUUCACCACUGGAUGGAAAUGGAAAAAUGCAUGACCCUAUAAAACAGUGAUUUAACCAUUGUGGAUAUUUGUUCAGUUGAAUGUAUGGUCCUGUACAUAUUUAUCACAUCUUUUAUUGUCAACCUUUUUUUUUUUUUUUUAAAUUGCAACACAACUGGAUAUUAUUAUUACUAUCAAGGUUAAUCACUACAGUGAGAAGUCAAAGUAAAUUUCAAACUUAGGGUCAUUAUUAUUUUUAUUAUUUUAUUUAUAUAGCGCCAUCAGAUUCCAUAACGCUGUACAAUGGGUUAAUAGCCAAACUGGAAAAAUUCCCUAUGCCAGCUAUGUUUUUAGUUUGGCUACUCGGCCUUAAAUUUUAAAUUCACUUUGAAUUCUCACCUUAGUAAAUAAUCCUGUAUGAUAUUUCUGUUUCCAAUAUGCACAACAGUAUGGUAAAAAUAGGCAAUAUAGCAUGUGAUUCAAAGAGGUGUCAAAUACAUGACUAAUGUUUCGAAAAAUGCACAUAUGAAACAUUUUAAUAAAUAAUUUACUGCUUACCAAUUGCUUAUAUUUACAACCGCAUAGACAAAAUUUAGAUGAAAAGAUUUAUUCACUGAACAGCAUAUUGUGGUGAAUUAUAAACCAAAUUUAUGAAUACUCUGAAAUAGCUUAGAUGACAUUUUCUAACA